UGAGAAAACACCUCAGAGAGAGGAACUCACCACACGACUAACAUCACUAAAUACAGCACACACAUGCAUGAUCACACAUAUUCACAAACACACUUAAAACUUCUCGGCAAAAACACUAGUAAACAUCGUGUCCAGAUCCACCGUCACUGAGUGUUGACUGUGGAGGAGCUCGCUGAAAACCCAAAAACUCAGAGGAAGACGGCGAUACGAGCCGAGCAGUAAACGUGCAUCGGAAUCAAGAUGGACGUUGCUCAGGAACGCAAGCCAAAAAGACCCCACUACAUCCCCCGGCCGCCUGGAAAACCCUUCAAGUACCAAUGCUUCCAGUGUCCCUUCACGUGCAAUGAGAAGUCUCAUCUCUUUAACCACAUGAAAUACAACUUGUGUAAAAACUCCAUCUCCCUCAUGACACAGAAAAACGGGACAACAGCCAGACAGGUCAAGGCUGUAGCGAAGGGGGUCGCUGUCAAACCCAAGGACUGUUCGAGCACCCUUCCUGCAGCUCAGAGCAGCAGUCCUGAAAAAAAGGAAACCGAAGAGAAAAAAGCAGAGGAGGAGAAGAAGAGCACAGAUGACGUAGAGGAAGUAGACGUCGGCUGUGAGAGUCCAGUCAAUAAGGAAAGCCAGAGCGUGACGAAUAAAGCUGUAGAUAGAGAGAUCAGGGAUAGUAAUGGGGCCAAGGCUCUGCCACGCCCAUCUGCUUUCUCCCCUGUCACACCUAACCGUGACGGCCCAGAUGCCUUGAAACCAUCUGUGCAGCAGACAGAAGAGUCAAAAGCUCCGACUCUCAACCAUCCCGGGUUUCCUUGGGGGGCGAUUUCACCAUCUAUUCCUUUAAAACCCUUCCCUCCUCAAAUGGUCCCUGAAUAUCCUCCAUAUCUACUGCCUGACCAGCACCUCUAUCCAACAUAUUACCUCCCAGCAAACCACCACGCCGGCGAGCCAAACACCCCUCCCUUCAGGACGGAGUUUCUGGAUCCCCAAAGGCCAGUAGUCCCUCAACCUGUCGCCCCAGCUCACCCGCCCCUCUUCCCCCCGUACCCGUACAGGUACUGCCACUCCCUACACCCAGGCCCACCUCUGCAUUACACCCUGUACAGACCCCACGAGCUCUCCAUGCCGAUUACAGGACACCGCUAUCUUCCUCUGGAUGUGUACAGCUCAAGCCUCGGCCCCAAGGACUAUGAUUUAUACAUGCAAUUACGUUCCGCUCACAACAGCCUGAACACACCUACAGGACAGGAGAGUAACCAGGGGCAGAGUGGAGACAAGGCAACGAGGCUGAGUCCUAAAGAGGGAUGUUCGGCCUUGGGGUCCCCUGACAGACCCUGCCAUGCACAGAUUAUCCAGAGAGACACGGAAGGCCCUCACUAUACCACACUGGGUGAACACACCACUACUGCCUCACAACCCAGUAAACCUGACUUAAGAGAAGAGGAGUCUGCAGAAAGCCUGCUGCAGUUGAGAACACUGCAGGUGGAUGGAGGAUCAACAGAGGACAGUAGCUAUUCCUCCAAAUCUGUGUCUGAGCAAAGUCCUGAAACUGCAUCGGAUCACGAUGAUGAGACAGAAAGAGAGGAUCUGGCUCCACUCAACCUCUCAACGAGAAACCACGACAAAGAAAAGGGUCCAUCUGAGCACAGACUGGAGUGCUCUGAGAAAUCAAAAGGCGAUGAGCUGCCUCUGAACCUCAGCCUCCGAUCCCCUCAUAUUAGCUCCGAAUACAGCUCUGCCCGGAGCACUUCAGAAGAUCUUCAACCGGAGACGGAACUAGAAGAUGAAGAAGAACCAUGCGACCAGAGGCAGACGGCAGCACUAGCACUUUGUCAACUAGCCAUCGCAAGUUCUACUGUCUCUUCAUGUGAAAUCAGCGCUAAAGACAGGCCCUCAGAGGAACCCACAGACACUAGAAGACCUGAAUUUUCAGCGAAGACCAAGUACACGACGAAGACUAAGGCAAAAGCCAUGAAAAGAACAAACAGAGCCCACGGUGAAAAUACCUGCCAUAAACCAAACAAGAGAGCAAAGGCAGCGGGGCGCGCUUUAAGGAGGAGGCCUCGCUGCUGUUAAGAACUUAAUCUGGAAAGAAAAGAUAAAAUAUCUCUUGCCAUCAGUACUGCAAGCCUUAACAUGAAACUACCAGAAAGUUCAAUGUCAUUGUUAAAAUGUUAAUUAAGCACUGAAAUAUUCAAUUACUCAUAGAGGAGCAGACGUGACAUGUUUAAAGUACUGCCACAAGGACAGUCAUUAAAAAAAGCCUGUUGUCAUUGGUAUGUGCAUAUUAUGCCUUGAUCUUACCCUUGAUUAGUAAUGGUGAAAAGGAAUGUAUAUAUGGGCUCUUAAUAUUUAAACUGUCUUAAUAUUUUGUACUAUAUAUGGUUAACACGGAGGAUGUGGUGAUGCAUUAUAACUAUACAAAUGUUGAAUAAAGAGACAUUUAAAUUGCUCA